GAGUCGGGGAGGGGAGCAACACGCUGAUUGGCCGUCUCCAUCGCCAAGCAGCAGGGGAUUGGUCCAUUUAUCCCGGUGGGUGUGGCCUCAGACCCCCUGGCUCCACCUAUGAGCUGCUGGAUAGGGGGCGAGGACCCCCCUAGCGUGCAGCAGGUUAGGGGGGGUCGGUGGCUGGUAGUGUGUUCAGUAUAGUAGCAUUUGAGGUGUGUUGAGGGAGGUGCUCCGUGUUCACCAGGUGACACUGUGUCAUGGAAUACUAACUCACCGUCACACCCCGUGUCCUCACUGCACCACCAGUCGGAAGGCUUCCCCUGCAAGUUGGCGGUGUGUAUAAUCUGCGGGGAAAGUGCGUCCACUGAGUAAGGUUUCCCGUGUCGGCAGGUGAGUGCUGCCGACCCAUGAUGGACACCUGCUAUGUGCCUAACAACCCGGCCUACACCGACUGCUGGCGCCCACUUUCGCCCACAUGCGGCCAGGCGCCCGUUCUGACGAACUUGCGGCCCCUUGCGGCCCCCAGCCCGCCUCUCCAUCCACCGCCUGCCUACCCGCCCUUACGGUCGCCCAUGCCCUAUUCCGACGACACAGAUGACUUCACCAGAACUCCUCCAGAUGCUUGUAGCGACAGCCUGUACACUACCACGCUACAAAGCCAUUCCACCAUGGCCUCUUUCCCUCCACUCUUCGACCUGGAGCCGCUGCCUAACUUCGUCACCCUCUCACCUCACGCGCCUUACAACAGGGAGGUGAACAACAUGUUGGGGAAGGAGAAAGGCGAACACAUGGCAGACGUGUUGCUGUCUCUGAAGCACGCAGUAGUGCAUCCUCACCAGGUGGGUGAUUCCCCGCCCCCGCCGAUCACGCCGCCCAUACUCCCGCCCCUCCCUCCCUUCCACCCGCCUCCGCCCUACUCCCCGUCCUCCUACCCUUCCUAUACCGACACACCGACCUACAUGCCCUUAGCACCCUUGGUGGCACCCUCCCCUCCUCCAGACACAUCCCUCUCAGAGCCAGUCCUCUCCUUAUCCUGCACGCCCCCGCCCACCUACCACCACGCCAACAUCACUCCCAUGGACGAGUCAGUAGGUCUCCCGGACGCCGUGGGUGCCACCUCUCCGCCUCCAUCCUCUGUAUCCUCUCUCGGAGUGUCAGGAGCUCUUAGCUUCGGUGUCACCUUGGGCGGAGGCCUCGGCAGCUUCAGCAGCAGUUUAAGUACCCUCGGAGGCCCGCUGCCCCCCAUGGGGUCCUCGGGGUACUCUAGUCCUAUUGGCGGCUCCCUGUGUGGGACCCUGGGUGGCCCCCUCCUGCCGCCGCCGCCGCCGUUGUCUCCCUACUCGUACCAGUCGACACAGGCUCUACCCAGCAUGAUGGGCAGCAUGAGUACCGGAAGCUGCUACGCCACCAGUGGGUACCAAGACGCUGGUACUUAUUCCUCUCCGGCUCCUCCUCACGUCUUCCCGGCCAUGAGCGUCAAUGUCUCCAUGAAUAUGACCAUGGGCGUGUCCAAUGUUAACAUGGGUUACUCUCCGGACCAGUCCCUUCAACACCAGUGGUCAACCAGCUGCGCAGGUCCACAAACCUCCUCUGUCUCCCCUGUGGGAGGAGUAGGCUACCCACAACACUCCGCUCCCGGCCUAGUCAGCUCUCUACCUAUGUCCUACAGCGGGUCAUGCAGCCAGGGGUACGGGGUGGGGUCAUACUCCUGGAGCGGUGACCUUCGACCUGACCACCACUCCAUGCCGGCCUUCGAGCGUGACUUGUGUUUACGAUCUCCACCCCUCCGCCCCUGCCCAGCGUCUCCCUGCCUGCCACCCUACCACAGCGCCACCCCUACCAGUCAAUGUGGGCAGCUGUCUCCGACACUCUCCGCCCUCCGUCGGCGUCCGAGCGUGGGCAGCGUUAUGAGUGUGUCUGGCCUCUCCUGUAAUACUACCAUCGAUAUCUCCAAGCCUCUCCUGUCAGACGCCCUUAAGCCCAACCUCUGUAGGAUCUGUGGUAAGACCUACGCCAGACCCUCCACCCUCAAGACCCACUUGAGGACUCACAGCGGUGAGAAGCCCUAUAGGUGCAACGACUGCAACAAAUCGUUCAGCCAAGCGGCCAAUCUUACUGCGCACGUGAGGACCCACAGCGGGGAGAAACCCUUCCGUUGUCCCAUCUGUGACCGUAAGUUCUCCCAGUCGUCCUCCGUCACCACGCACAUGCGCACACACUCGGGCGAGCGACCCUACCGCUGCCGGAUGUGUAAAAAAGCCUUCAGUGACUCUUCGACGCUCACCAAACACCUGAGGAUUCAUUCCGGGGAGAAACCGUACCAGUGCAAACUCUGUUUACUUCGCUUCAGUCAGUCUGGAAACCUUAACCGUCAUAUGAGAGUUCAUUCUCAGAACUCCUGAGGCGGGUGAGCCGUGUUUCCUGCAUACUUCACGCCCCAGUUGCUUUAUCCUUUUCCAGUGUCAUUUCCACUGCUACAACGGUGUCUACGGAAUAUCUGGAGCUAUCCACCGCCGCUUGACGGCAUUCUGAAAGCUACCCAUGCUGCCUGCCUAUUGUGACUGAGCGACCCUGGGACGCUAUUCUCUGCUGUUUUUUCAUCUCAGUUGAGCUUCAGAGUGCUAUAUCAACCGUUGUUUGAGAGACGACCAGUUAUGAAAGCCAUUUACUCUGUCACUCUGCUACACCAUUUCGAAAAUUAAUCUCCACUACUUCGGGCUGGUGCGUCUCCAUCUACGCAAUCAGUGUGUGUUUUGUGAUUUCUAGGCUAUCAAGUGACUUUUAGACUACAUGCUUAUUCACCGCUUUCCAGGAUUGGAUUUCAAUACCCUCUAAAAAGUACUCAACAUAAACAUAAUUUUAUGUGCCGCCUAUAUCCUACCUCCAUUAAACAGAUCACUGACCACUACCUUUCCCAACAAACUCUCUGCUAGUGGCCCCUGGACACUUUUUGGCUUCUUAUAUUAAAUCGGCUUAAAGUUCUGUACCCGAAAGUACACAAACUGCUCUCUUGUUUUGCUGCACGAAGCUAUACACGCUGCCAAAAUAGUCUAUACUGAGCCCAGUUCAACCAGUUGCUUGCCUUUAACUGAUCAGCUUUUCUGUCUCAUUCACUCAAACCCACAACUGCAAAUAUCCAGACCGAUUAUGAUAUCAUUGUUACUACGACCACAAAAAAAAAAAUACUACUACCGCUGCUACCACUCUUACCGCAAUUAGCACUAACAAUACAACAACCAAUGAAGACUAACUCAAUCACAACCGACAACGAGAAACUACAGAUCUCAAGUUCAGAUUCCCCUCAAAGAUCAACUGUAUCAGUGUUUCUGAGGGUCUGCCGAAGCUCAGCCACGAUGGACCAGCUUUUGUACCACACCCAUCUCAUCACCUUCACCUGCCUAUGUAAUUACACUCUUGGCGCUGUUUGUCUCGACUCAGUAGAAGAGCUAGGUGUUCUUACCCCCACUCACAACAGUUACGGAAAGCGCAGAUCACACAUCCACAGUGACUGCUGCAUGGCGCAGAUCACACAUCCACAGUGACUGCUGCAUAGCGCAGAUCACACAGCCACAGUGACUGCUGCAAAGCGCAGAUCACACAGCCACAGUAACUGCUGUAGAGAGCAGAUCACACAGUCACAGUGACUGCUGUAGAGCGCAGAUCAUACAUCCACAGUGACUGCUGUAGAGAGCAGAUCACACAGCCACAGUGACUGAGGUAGAGCGCAGAUCACACAGCCACAGUGACUGCUGCAUAGCGCAGAUCAUACAUCCACAGUGACUGCUGCAGAGCGCAGAUCACAUCCACAGUGAUCACUCUGUUGCUGCUGCUGAGUAAAAAUCAAUAACAGUGAUCCCAUCAAACGUAGCACAGAAUGGCGGACGGGGAUCAUGGAUCAUACAACAGGAGCAGCGACAGUCUGAUGUUCAGACUGGCGAUACAGUCUUACAAUAAAAUCAAAAGCAAAACACAAAGAGUAUUGUAUUGUGACCCACAUGAAGACUCGUCCCCACUCAUCCUCAAGGACAACACUGAAACAGUUACGCAUUUUGCUUUAUAUGCCAUUGUGUUAUUUCGCCCCUUUCAUGACUAUAAAAAAUGAUUUCGUUCCAGAACUAAUAUGGAAGCGUAACCUAAGCGUAACCUAAAAUUAUGGAAGCUUAACUUAAGCUUGCUAAAAUUAUGGAAGCUUAACUUAAGCUUGCUAAAAUUAUGGAAGCUUAACUUAAGCUUGCUAAAAUUUGAGUAUGGUUAACUUUCUUAUGAACCUCAUUCAUAUUUAGUGAUUUUUUUUUUUUGGUAAUUGCGACUGAAAAAAAUCCAUUAAAAUUACAUAACACGUUAUAUGAAGUCCUUUUUAUGCGUUAUUAAAAUUUGGAUUUAGCGCUAAAAACUUCAGUAUACAGACAAGCUUUAUAAGAGAGGUAACUAAUAAUAAUAAUAAUAAUAAUAAUAAUAAUAAUAAUAAUAAUAAUAAUAAUAAUAAUAAUAAUAAUAAU